AGCAAAAGGAGGGGGUAGAGCAGCCAUUUUUGAAGGAACUGACUCCAUGGAAGUUUGCUGAUGUGAACUAACUUUCCCCUCUUUUUUUUCCCCUUUUAUGAUCUGUGUUAAUUCCCUUCCUUCUAUUUAUCUCCAAUCUUGAUACAUUGUAUCAGAUCGUGAACUCUCCACACAAUGAGUGCCAAAGACACAUCAGUCCCUGUAGAGAAGUACAAGCUGGUCGUGGUUGGAGGAGGAGGAGUGGGCAAAAGUGCUUUAACUAUCCAGUUUAUCCAGUCUUACUUUGUUUCCGACUAUGAUCCAACAAUUGAAGACUCGUACACCAAAAUCUGCAAUAUUGAUGGGAAGCAAACGCGACUGGAUAUUUUGGACACUGCGGGGCAAGAGGAGUUUGGUGCAAUGAGGGAACAGUACAUGCGCACAGGCGAGGGUUUCCUUCUUAUCUACGCAAUUAAUGAUCGAGGAAGUUUUAACGAAAUCAGCAAGUUCCACACACAGAUUCUCCGUGUCAAAGACCGAGAUGAAUUUCCAAUGAUUCUGGUUGGGAACAAAGCAGAUUUGGAUCUCCAGAGACAAGUGACCAAAGAGGAAGCCUUAAGCUUCGCACGGGAGAAUCGGAUCCCUUAUAUGGAGGCCUCUGCUAAACUGCGAUUAAACGUGGAUGAAUCAUUUCAUGAACUUGUUCGAGCAAUCAGGAAAUUCCAGGAGUUGGAGAGCCCCCCUACUCCGACUAUGAACACCAAGAAGAAAGAGCCCAAAUCGUGCCCCUGCGUGAUCCUGUAACAGAUUGGUUUUGCAAGCCCAGGGGCCAGAAAAUAUGGCACAGAAAUACAAAGGGGGAGCAUGAUGCGAUCAUUGAAAAUCUGCUUUGUUCCUGUAGCCAAACUCCGCGUUUACUGGCCUUCUUCAGCCAAGUGCAGUCUGCAGAAACCUGGAAAUCUUCAUCUGAACAAUUGCUUUUUUUUUUUUUUUUUUCUUUGCUGUCACGUGAU